GCAUGUUUCUUCUCAAUUCUCACAUAAUUAUCAACCCCAAACAAAACUACAUAGCAUAAAUUAACAUCUUUCAUCAAUCAAUUAUGAACCCUUUUUCUUUCUUCUCACAUAUGGCUAUACUUUUGUACUUAUACCUUCCUCUGUUUACCUUAAAUUUGUUGUGCUUUGGUCCAAACAAAACUGUGUCAGUGAAAUUAGCAAACCAAACAGAUCAUUUAGCAUUACUGAAAUUCAAAGAAUCAAUAUCUAGUGACCCAUAUAGAACACUUGAAUCUUGGAAUUCUUCCAUCCACUUAUGCAAGUGGCAUGGAAUCACAUGCAACCCCAUGCAUGGAAGAGUUAUAGGGUUGAACUUAGAAGGAUCUCAUUUACAUGGAUCUUUAUCUCCUCAUGUUGGUAAUCUCACUUUUCUAAUAAAUCUCAAUCUUCAAAACAAUAGCUUCUUUGGAGAAAUCCCUCAGGAAUUGGGUCAGUUGCUACAAUUGCAACAACUUUAUCUCACCAAUAACUCCUUUGUAGGAGAAAUUCCUACAAAUUUGACACAUUGCUCCAAUCUCAAAGACUUGGACUUGCAAGGGAACAAUCUGAUUGGCAAAAUACCAAUUGAAAUGAGCUCUUUGAAAAAGCUUCAAACUAUGGUCAUUAAAAAAAACAAAUUAACAGGAAGAAUCCCUUCAUUCAUAGGGAAUCUUUCAUACUUAACUGUUUUUUCAUGUGAUUAUAACAACUUAGAGGGAGAUAUUCCACAAGAAAUAUGUCAACUUCAAAACUUGACAAUUUUACAUGCUAGUGAGAACAAUUUGUCUGGUAUGAUUCCUUCUUGUCUUUACAAUAUCUCAUCACUCACUAAGCUCUCAAUAGCAGUGAAUAAGUUUCAUGGCUCUCUUCCUCACAAUAUGUUCUACACUCUCCCCAAUAUCCAAUUUAUUUCAAUUGCAGGAAAUCAAUUCUCUGGUACAAUUCCAACUUCCAUUAUAAAUGCAUCUUCUUCCUUUGCAUAUUUUGAAAUGAGUAAAAAUCAUUUUGUUGGUCAAGUUCCAAAUCUAGGAAGGCUAAAAGAACUGCAAUAUCUAAAUUUGGAAAUCAACAAUUUAGGUGACAAUUCAACUAAAGAUUUGGAGUUUUUAAAAUCUUUGACAAACUGUACUAAGUUAAGAGAGCUUUCUAUAGGAAGCAAUAAUUUUGGAGGCAUUCUGCCAAACUCUAUAGGAAAUUUAUCCAUGAAUCUUAAUUUCCUAUUUCUUGAUGACAAUAUGAUAUCAGGACAAAUUCCUUCAGAAUUAGGACAUCUAGUUGGCUUAACUCUCUUGUCCAUGGAACUUAAUAACUUUGAACAAGUUAUUCCAGCUACUUUUGGAAAGUUCCAAAAUAUGAGAGUGUUAACAUUGGGUGGAAACAAGUUGUCAGGAGAUAUAUCAUCCUUUAUAGGCAAUCUCAGUCAAUUGUAUUAUUUAGAUGUUGGUGUUAAUAUGUUUGAAGGAAAUAUUCCUCCAACCAUAGGAAACUGCCAAAAUUUACAAUAUCUAGACCUUUCACAAAAUAAGUUUAGUGGAACCAUACCAAUAGAGAUUUUUUAUCUUUUUUCAUUAUCAAACUUAUUGAAAUUGUCACAGAACUCUUUGAGUGGUAGCUUACCAAGAGAAGUGGGUAACCUGAAAAAUAUUGAUUGGAUAGAUGUCUCUGAGAAUCACUUAUCUGGCGACAUUCCUGAAACCAUUGGAGACUGCUUAAGUUUAGAAUAUCUAAAUUUGCAAGGGAACUCCUUUCAAGGAAUCAUACCUUCCUCUUUGGCAUCACUCAAAGGUCUUCGAGGUUUAGAUUUGUCACGCAAUCACUUGUCUGGACCAAUUCCAAAAUAUUUACAGAAUAUUUCAUUCCUAGAGUACUUCAAUGUUUCUUUCAACAUGUUGGAAGGUGAGGUACCAAUUAAUGGUGUCUUUCAAAAUGCAACUCAAGUAGCAAUAACUGGAAAUAAUAAGCUUUGUGGAGGUAUUUUAGAGUUACAUCUAGCACCAUGCUCUAUCAAGAGUAUGAAACAUGCAAAAAGCCAUCAUUUCAGGUUGAUUGCAGUGAUAGUUAGUUUGGUUUCUUUUCUUCUCAUACUUUCAUUGAUUAUAACUAUCUACUGGAUAAGGAAAAGAAAACAAAAACAAUCUUUUGAUUCACCAACAAUUAACCAACUGGCUAAGGUUUCAUACCAAGAUUUACAUCGAGGAACUGAUGGAUUCUCAGAUACAAACUUGAUUGGGUCAGGAAGUUUUGGUUCUGUGUACAAAGGAAAUCUUGUGUCAGAAGAUAAUGUUGUAGCCAUAAAGGUUUUGAACCUCCAAAAGAAAGGAGCUAAUAAGAGUUUCAUUGCUGAAUGUAAUGCACUCAAAAAUAUCAGACAUCGAAAUCUGGUUAAGAUUUUAACAUGUUGUUCAAGUACAGACUACAAAGGUCAAGAAUUUAAAGCUCUAGUUUUUGAUUACAUGAAAAAUGGAAGCUUAGAACAAUGGUUGCAUCCCGAGAUUUUAGAUGCAGAACAUGCAACAAUAUUGGACCUUGGUCAAAGAUUAAACAUCAUUAUGGACGUAGCUUCUGCAUUACAUUAUCUUCAUCAUGAAUGUGAGCAAUUAGUCCUUCAUUGUGAUCUAAAGCCAAGCAAUGUCCUUCUUGAUGAUGACAUGGUUGCUCAUGUGAGUGAUUUUGGCAUAGCAAAACUUGUCUCAGCCAUUGGCACUACCUCUCAUAAGAAUUCUAGUACAAGUGGAAUAAAAGGGACUGUUGGCUAUGCUCCUCCAGAGUAUGGAAUGGGUUCUGAAGUGUCAAAAUUUGGUGACAUGUAUAGCUUUGGAGUUCUUAUGAUGGAAGUGCUUACUGGUAGAAGACCCACUGAUGAAGUUUUUGAAGAUGGUCAGAAUCUGCAUGACUAUGUUGCAAUUUCAUUUCCAGAUAAUCUUAUAAAGAUUUUGGACCCACAUCUUGUAUCAAGAGAUGCAGAAGUAGCAAGAGAAGGUGGAAAUAGUGAAAAUCUCACUCCAAGUGUUGAGGAGUGUUUAGUUUCACUUUUUAGGAUUGGACUUAUUUGUUCAAUGGAAUCACCAAAAGAAAGAAUGAAUAUCGUGGAUGUCACUAGAGAACUUAGCAUAGUCAGAAAGGCAUUUCUCUCUGUGAGAUAAACUGAUAUUUUUAUAUGCUUAUUUGAGUCUUAAUUAACUCAUUAAUUAUUUGUUUUCUAUCA